GAAGUCAGCAGCUGUGUCUGGGAUCAUCACAAGAAAAUAUUGGGAUCGUUUCACACUUUCCAAAAAGAAUGCCAUUAUGAAGGUGAAAUUUUGAGGAACCGCAGCUUUGGCCUACUCACCAACAAUGGCCAGAACGGCAGCCGAGUAAGAAACUCAAGAACGGCGUCCCGCAAGGUUCAAUGCCAGCACCCGUGCUGUUUAAUAUCCACAUCUACGACCUAACCAACAACAACGUGAAGCGAGUACGGACACUGCCCUGGGCGACGGCCUACGGAUUGUCGCCCACGAGCCAGCCCAACUCGACAAUUGCCUGUCCCGGCCGGAAUUGCGCCUGCCGAGGUCAGACCAGAAGGACCCUUGCCGGCCCUUGCCCCAAAGGCACAGAUGAACCAAUCCCUCCCCCUGCGCAAGACCGGCACGGAAAGACCUCAGCGGAAACUCCUUAAGUCCCAGGACGACAAAACUUGCUACAACAGAACUGAAAGACACAGAUGUAUCAAAUACAGAUCUUGCAGGGGCUACUGGGCGAUUGUUGGUACGGUAUGAUAUUAAAUGUCCGAAAUGUAGGAUUCUUUGAUUGUCUGACUCUCGAGCCUUGAGGCUAAUGUUAAGGGAAGUCAAGGACGUUUUAGCUAAAAUGAGCCACGCCGUCAAGCAGUUCAGGAGGCAUCCUGCCCGAUGACAUCUGGUAUUGGCUCCAGAACUCCUGCGACCCGGCUCAGAAAAUGGAUGGUUGGAAGCCACCCUGUCAACUAUUCCGACGCAGCCAUGAUCAGCCGCAACUUCAAGAACGUGCUGGUGGUGUCGCUGGGCUUCCUGUCGCUCUUCACGGCGUACGGCGGACUGCAAAGCCUGCAGAGCAGCCUGAACGCGGAGGAGGGGAUGGGCGUGGCCUCCUUGAGCGUCAUCUACGCCUCCAUCAUCAUCUCGUCCAUGUUCCUGCCCCCCCUCAUGAUCAAGAACCUGGGUUGCAAGUGGACCAUCGUGGCCGGCAUGGCCUGCUACGUGUCCUACUCCUUCGGGAACCUCUAUCCGGGAUGGUACACGCUGAUCCCCACUUCAGUGGUCCUGGGUUUGGGGGGCUCCCCUCUGUGGUCGGCCAAGUGCACGUACCUCACCAUCUCCGGCAACGCGCAGGCGGCCAAGGAGGGCAAGAAGGGUCCGGACGUCAUCAACCAGUACUUCGGCGUCUUCUUCUUCAUCUUCCAGUCGUCGGCCGUGUGGGGGAACCUAAUGUCCUCGCUCAUCUUCGGCCAGGACACCAACAUAAUUGACGUGACGGACGAGCAGCUCCAGUUUUGCGGGGCCGCCGACUGCGGCCUGAACAUCUCGUCCAACGCCACCGCCGGCAGGCCGGCGCAGAAACUGGUGUGGACCCUGGUCGGAUGCUACAUCGGCGUAGGUGUGCUGGCCAUGUUGAUCGUGGCCGUGUUUCUGGACGACAUCGACCGGGAGCGCACCAGCCGUUUCCGCGGCAACCGUGAGCCCUUCUGCCACACCUUCCUGGCCACCUUCCGCCUGCUGAAGGACUGGCGGCUGCUCACCCUCAUCCCGCUCACCAUGUACAGCGGCUUUGAGCAGAGCUUCCUGUCCGGGGAGUACACCAAAAACUACGUGACGUGCGCCCUGGGUAUUCACUACGUUGGCUUCGUGAUGAUGUGUUUCGGGGCGUCCAAUUCGCUUUGCUCCUUCCUCUUCGGACGACUCGCUCGCUACACCGGCAGGGCGGCGCUCUUCUUCCUAGCGGCAGUGGCUAACUUGUCGUGCAUUGUCGCGCUGUUGUACUGGAGGCCCCACCCUCAGGAGUUGGGCGUCUUCUUCGUGUUUCCCGCCUUGUGGGGAAUGGCCGACGCCAUCUGGCAGACGCAGACCAACGCUCUCUACGGCAUCCUGUUCCCCGACGAAAAGGAGGCGGCCUUCGCCAACUACCGCAUGUGGGAGUCGUUGGGCUUCGUGAUCGCCUUCGCCUACAGCACCUUCCUCUGUCUGGAGUACAAACUUUACAUCCUGCUGGCUGUGCUGCUGCUGACCGCCGUCACCUACCCGAUAGUCGAGUACCACGAGUACAAGAAUCCCACGGCAGCCAAGGACGACGAACACUCCAAGGGAGUCGUCGCCGUGGACGACAGCAGCGUUUACUGCCAGACCAAACUCUGAACGAACGACGACGACGUGGAUGUAGGCUGCGACCGUAAUCAUCUCCUGACACUCCAGAACCGAAGGACCGAGCUCACGCGGGCCAAGGUGGCAAAACACCUCACGCUGGCCCAAAAAGUCAACAUUGGUCACAAAAGGAGGCUUUUUCCCCCCCUCCAAAAAUCAGAACUUUAUCCUCCUAACUUAUGACGAGAUCAACUCCACUUAUAUUACAAAAACAUAAUUUAACUGGAAUAUUAA